CGUAUUGCAUUGCUCCUAAUAGUAUUGAUCGGGAACACUCGUAAUAGUGUGAUAAUGUUGGCUUUGGGAAUUCUUCUCCUCUGCUUUGGGCCUUCCUUUCUUGAAGCUUGUGGCAUAAAACCAUACAGUGCACGGGUCGUCAAUGGAGAAACCGCUCCUCAACACGCCUGGCCCUGGCAGAUUUCUCUCCGUGUGAACGGAGGACACAUCUGUGGUGGAUCUCUGAUCAAACCUGACUGGGUUCUCACUGCAGCUCACUGUGUGGAAAGAAACCCCAGACCAAGUGGCUACACCGUUGUUGUUGGUGCUCACAAUCUCUACUCCUCGACCCGAUACCAACAAACAUUCCGUGUUGUUCGCCUUCAUAUGCACUCAGGAUUCAGCAUGAACCACUUCCGGAACGACGUCGCUCUUCUCAAGCUGGAGAGACCCGCUCAGCUGAGUUCAGCCGUUAAUCUUGUGUGUGCACCUCGAGCCAAUUCACGUAUACCCGCGGGCACUCAAUGUUAUAUCACUGGAUGGGGCCGCACCGUCGGUGGUGGCUCGGGUGCCUCGGUCCUCCAGCAGGCACCACUACCAGUAGCAGGAGAUCGUGAAUGCCAAAGAGUAAAUGGCUAUAUGAUUCCGAUUGAUUCAACUUCUAUGAUCUGCGCCGGUGGACGAGGCAGAGGUGGUUGUCAAGGAGACAGUGGUGGACCAUUUGUCUGUAACGAGGGUGGUCGAUGGGUUCUCCGCGGUGCCGUUAGCUGGGGACAUUCCAUGUGCCGUACUGAUCAUUACACUGUUUUUGCUCGAGUCAGCAGCUUCAUCGGUUGGAUAAACCAACGAAUACGUUGAGGCAACCGCUACCAAUCCUCCAAGAAUCCGAAAAAAUAGAUGUAGUGAUUGAUUCAAAAUAAAGGAAUGUGAUCAAUAUUGAUCGCACCGAGA